AUUGUACGCUACCCACCUCGCGCAUUCCCGCCAACCGCUCCUUCCGAACGGGAACCGUUCCGUUCCCCUCUCCGCUCUCCGAAACGGCAAACCCGCCAAACCCUAAGCCACCGACCGACCCUUCCCGAACCUUCCGCCGCCGCGGCCCGCGGGCCGCGGCCAUGACCUCCGCCCCCUCCGAGUGCAAGGUCGCCGGCCUCCAGGCCGCGCUCGACGGCAACCUCCGCCUCCUCAAGAGACGAACUGGAUUGCCAGGUUCGUUUUUUACGAUUCUGGCGAAAAAGGUGGACUUGCAGGGUGUGAAGGACGAGGGGCAACAUGUGCUCCAUGCUGCUGCUGUCAUGGGCCGUCUCGAGGUCUGCAAGUUCCUGGUGGAGGAAUUGAGGCUCGAUGUCAACUCCACCUCCACUGAAGGUGUGAUGCCGAUGAUCCAGGCUGCUGCGAUGGGAAUGUCCCUGUUCUGCAGUACCUUCUGGGCCGUGGCUGUGACCCAGCGGUGACCACCUCCUGGGGCUCCACAGCGCUUCACAAUGCGGUGGAGCACGGGCAUUGCAAUGCUGUUGCUGUCCAAGGGUGUUGCCAUCGACCCUCUCAAUCCCUGUGGAAUGCCGAUGCACUUGGCCGCCGCCAAGGAACAGGAUUAGGCUAUGAAGAUCCUGCUGGAGCAUGGCGCUGACGUGAGUUGGUAAAGAAUAGGUGAAUUCAUUUUCUGACAUCAUUUUCCUUUGCAGCCCAACACUGCUGUCAAUCAUGUUUGUUCACCACUUAUGAUGGCGUGCUCCACGGAAUCAUUGAAAUGUGUGAAGCUACUGGUUCAGGCUGGUGCUGAUGUGAACAUUAAAAGUUCCUCUGGGGCAUCUGCUUUAAUGUUUGCAGUUGAUGAUGGCUUAACUGACAUUGUGAAGUUUUUGGUAGAGGUUGAACUUUGGAGCUGACCCCAAACAUCCCUGACCAUGCAAGUAUGGCUCUGUGAAGGUUACAAUCUCUUACCCCCUUGCAUAUCUGGUGGCUGGGUAGCAUAUAAAUCAAGGUUUCACGCAAGUAGUGUACAUGUCUAAAAUAUAAAUUGUUCAUGUAUCAUGCAUAAGUUCGCUGUUUAAAUUCUAUUCAUGUUUA